GCCAAAAACCCAGAUUCAGAAAAGUUUCCGACUUGAAGUUCCUCUGGUUCCUCCUUUGGUUGGAGUUUCUUCAGUUUUCACAUUCACAGGUGAAGGAUGGAUAGAAGGCUUGUUGAAGAAGAGAAAAUGAUUGCAGAACUCUAUGAAGCCUCACGGAAUGGGUGUGUAAGCACCUUGACCACUUUGAUCCAAAGGGAUGUUCGCAUUCUCGAUAGAGUUUCACUCACAUCCUUUAGUGAGACCCCCUUACACUUAGCCGCUUUGCAUGGCCACCUUGAAAUUAGUAGACUUAUUCUUAGCAAGAAACCUACACUUGCAAAAGAGGUGGACUCGCUAGGACGAACCCCGCUUCAUCUGGCUUCUGCUGAGGGUCACACUGAGAUAGUAAAAGCAUUGUUGCAAGCAAAUACAACUGUUUGCUUAGCUUUUGAUCAGCAUGAGAGAAUUCCUCUCCACUUUGCUGUAAUGAGAGGGCGAAUAGAGAUUAUAGAAGACUUAAUUAGAGCUCAACCAGAGUCCAUAAGGAAGAAUCUCAAUGGUGAGAGUGUAUUGCACUUGUGUGUUCAAUAUAAUCACCAGGAUGCUCUAGAACGGCUAGUGAAGUUGGCUGAUUGCGAUGAACUCCUCAAUUCCAAAGACCAUGAUGGCAACUCCUUAUUGCAUUUAGCUGUGAUGCUCAAGCAAAUGAAGGCCAUAAAAUAUCUACUUUCAAUACCUGCAAUUAAAAGAGAUGCUAAAGCCACAAACAAGCUUGGCUACACAGCUUCAGAUGUCUUAGAUGCCUGUGAUGUCUGUUCAAGAGAUUUUAAAUAUUUUGAAAUCCAAAAAAUUCUAAACGAAGCUGGCGUGAGAAGAUCAAAGGGUCUAAAUUCUUCCCUACCACCGACACCGAGUAGUACUAGUGUUGAUGGAGCACAACAAUCUCAAUCAGGGUUUAAGACAUGGUGGGGGUGUGUUCUUUCGUCAUUAGGUAAACGCUUGAAGCGCCAGGGAAAUUGGAUGGAGGAAACACGUGGCACAUUGAUGCUAGUGGCUACUGUGAUGGCAACCAUGGCUUUUCAAGCUGGGAUCAGCCCACCAGGUGGCGUUUGGCAACAAAAUAUAUCCAACUCCACGGAGGGUUUCACCUGUAGCAACCAAACUGUAUGUGAAACAGGCAAAGCAGUUUUAUCAUAUUCUGAUCCAGAUGAUACAUACAUAUUGUUCUUAUAUUUCAAUAGCACCUCGUUCUUUGCAUCUUUGGGCGUCAUACUUUUGGUUAUUACUGGAUUUCCUGUUAGGAGCAACUUUUUUAUAUGGCUUUUGACAUCAGCCAUGCUUACCUCAGUCGUGUCCACGGCACUUACCUAUUCAGUGGCAGUGAGUCUUGUAACCUCAAAAGACCUUCGUGAAAGAUUUGCUUCAUGGGGCUCGAAAUUAGUAUAUGUUUGGUACGGAUUGGUUGCGAUUGCUAUUGUGAUUCACAUAAUUCGCCUACUGCAUUGGAUGGUGAAGAAGUUGAUUCAAAUAAUUCGCCUACUCUAUUGGAUGGUGAAGAAGUUGAUUGACAUAAUUCUCCAACUGAUCUCUUGGAUGUUGAAGAUGUUCUGUAAUUUCAUACACAAGUUAACAAGGAGUGCAACAGAAGACCGAGCUAAUGUCUAAGAGGAAAAAUGUCAUUAUCAGAAUUUCUGUUUAGCUUGGAAUAUGAACAGAAUUGAAGGAAAAAUGAUUGGCCUUGUGAUGUAGAUUGGAAUUCAAGGCUUAUCUUAUCUUAUCUUAUCUUUUAGUCUUUUAUUAGGUUUCUUUAUUAGUCUUUUAUUAUAUCUUAUCUUUCAGUCUUUAUUUGAAUUAGGUUUCUUUGUUAGUCUUUUAUUUGGUUUAGUUGUCUUUCGUAGACUUCUAAAUUAACUUUAUUUCAUUGUUAUUUUAGGGCUAGGAGUCUUGGGCU